CGAUCAGGGCCCGCAAGCACCUUUCACUUUCCCUGCAGGAGAAGGCUGAGGAGGUGUAUCGUCUGUAUCAGAACUCCCCUCUCUCCUCGCACCCUGUGGUGGCCCUGUCGGAGCUGAGCACCCUCUGUGCGGGCUCCUGUCUGGAUGAGAGGACCUUCUACUUGGUGUUGCUGCAGCUGCAGAAAGAGAAGCGAGUCACCGUCCUUGAGCAGAAUGGGGAGAAGAUUGUGAAGUUUGCCCGGGGCCCACAUGCCAAGGUCUCUCCUGUCAACGACGUAGAUGUCGGGGUUUACCAGCUGAUGCAGAGCGAACAGCUGCUGUCGCGCAAGGUGGAGUCCUUAUCCCAGGAAGCAGAGAGGUAUAAAGAAGAAGCCCGCCGGGCAUGCCGAGCAGGAAAGAAGCAGCUGGCCCUGAGGUCUCUCAAGGCCAAGCAGCGGACGGAGAAGCGCAUCGAAGCCCUGCAUGCCAAGCUGGACACUGUUCAAGGCAUCCUGGACCGGAUCUAUGCCUCACAGACAGAUCAGAUGGUUUUCAAUGCGUAUCAGGCUGGGGUAGGAGCACUGAAACUGUCCAUGAAGGAUGUCACGGUGGAGAAGGCAGAGAGCCUUGUGGAUCAGAUCCAAGAGCUGUGUGACACCCAGGACGAAGUUUCUCAGACUCUGGCUGGUGGGGUAACCAACGGCUUAGACUUUGACAGUGAGGAACUGGAGAAGGAAUUGGACAUCCUCCUUCAGGACACCACCAAAGAACCUUCGGAUCUGCCCGACAACCCCCAGGAGACGUUUUAUACCAACAGUGUGCCUAACCCUAGGAUCUCGGACGCUGAACUUGAAGCUGAACUUGAGAAACUGUCCUUAUCAGAGGGAGGUUUGGUCCCAAGCAGUAAAUCUCCAAAAAGACAACUGGAACCGACUCUAUAAAGCCAUUGUAGGACCCUCAAGUGAAGGACCCUCGUGUCAAAGAGAGACCAGGCUUGUGUGUGUGUACAUAGUUAUUUAUACGAGAAACUCUCGGAAUGUGUUGGAAAGAGGAGGAAGGACAACCACUCUGAUGUAUCUGGAUGCUGCCACUUACUACGGGACAGAUAGAAUUUCUGGAAGCGUGCUCGCGAGGCAUGCUGCCAGCUGGGCUCAUGGCCCUGCAUUCUCAUCUUCAUAGUGCCACAGUUUAUACAGUUCUGUGUUUGCCCUGUCAUCUUUCAUAGCCUGCGGCUCCUGCCAUGGGCUCAGUUAGGUUUGUCUUCCCCCACCAGCUUUGUUCCAGCCAGCGAAGGCGAAAGACUCGUGCAGCUUUGCCAAAUCAAAAUCUGUCCUCGUCCCCCACCCUCACUGUGUUUAGAGGAGUUUAUUCUGUCCAUAGGUCCGUUACACAGCGCUUCCCAGCCCCUCUCUGUUUCCAUUGGUAGCGAGAGGAAGGAGAAUCAAACA